CCAUCAAAGGCAGAUUUUUCGUCACUCACGGCUGAGUUUGGUCGUUUUCCUCGUUUGCUCGCAGUUUCGGUCGGACGUAAAUUAAUUGCUCGUCGAUGUGCGGACUUGUGAAACCUUUUUUCCGUUCUCGAAUCGAAUGGUAAUUUUCGCGAAGACGUCGAUUUUCACUGCCACCAGACAGUAGUGUAAAGAUUCCGACGGAAAAAGGCUUUUUAUCUUGCGUAAAGGGAGUUAAAAGUGCGAUUUGGUGCCACCUGGAACUGUGAAGUGAAAGAUACCCAAGUAAAUACUAUAUAAUAGUUUUCGCCGAAUCGAAAGGAGUCGAUUCAUAGGAAAAAGUGUCUGAUUCAGUGUUCUUAUCCCCAGAAGAAAAAAAAAGUAAUCAUCGGAGAAAGAUUUCCGAUCCAAAACGAGAAGUGCUCGAGUGUGCGUGUGAGGGUUGGAUCUUCGAAAAGUGUGGACACAGUUCCUGGUAAAUAAAUGCAUUGAGUGUGAAGUGGCUGGCGUAGUCAGUGAGGAGUUCGAGAAAUGGCGUGUUUGAACACCCUGAAGCUGGAGAUCAAAACGCUGGAGCAGAUAUUUACGAAGAACCACGAACGAUUCCGGAUCCUGAACGCCUCGGUGGACGAGCUGAGCUGUCGAUUCAUCGGCCGCAACGGAAAGCAGUACGACAUCCAUGCCAAUAUUACGGAAACAUACCCCUCCACGCCGCCAGUAUGGUUUGCCGAAAGUGAAGAAACCAGCAUAACAAACGCGGUACAAAUACUUACCAACACCCGUGGCCACGAUAAUCAUGUAAUAAAUCAGGUCGAUAUACUGUUACGAGAACUCUGCCGAUUACACACAGUCCCGCUACCUCCCGAUCUGGACAACCUCACGAUACCGUUUCAACCUUACGCACCCGGCACUCCCUCGCCCUACCUGGCCGCGCACCAGGCCGGCCACCAGCUGCACCACCAACAGCUCCAACAGCAGCAGCAGCAACAACAACAGAUCGACGAGAUCGAUUCAGACUGUGAUGACAUCGAAGAUGAUGUGGCAGAAGAAAGCGACCAGGACAGCGAAGCGGAAGAGGACCUUCCCCUGGAAAUGGACGAUGGUCGAAAUGCUGCCAAGAAAGACGAAAUGGAGGUAGAACACUUAGCGACUUUAGAGAGAUUGAGGCAAACUCAGAGGCAGGACUACUUGAAGGGCUCCGUAUCCGGUUCGGUGCAGGCGACCGAUCGGCUCAUGAAAGAACUGCGGGACAUCUAUCGUUCGGAUUCCUUCAAAAGUAACAUGUACUCGAUAGAGCUGGUGAACGAUUCGAUCUACGAGUGGAACAUCCGACUUAUGUCCGUUGAUCCGGACAGCCCGCUGCACAACGAUCUGGUGCUACUGAAGGAGAAGGAAGGCAAGGACAGCAUUCUGCUCAACAUCAUGUUCAAGGAGACGUACCCAUUCGAGCCACCGUUCGUACGCGUCGUACACCCAAUCAUUUCCGGUGGUUACGUCCUAGUGGGAGGUGCAAUCUGUAUGGAGUUGCUCACGAAACAAGGCUGGAGUUCUGCGUACACCGUGGAAGCCGUUAUAAUGCAAAUAGCGGCCACGCUAGUCAAGGGCAAAGCGCGAAUACAGUUCGGUGCGACGAAGGGUCAGUACAGCUUGGCACGAGCGCAGCAAAGCUUCAAGUCGUUGGUCCAAAUUCACGAGAAGAACGGCUGGUUUACGCCGCCCAAGGAAGAUGGAUAAACGCAACCGGUUUCCGAGGUGUAGCUGGUGUGUUCGUUCGUGUAUGUGUGUUGUACCGUUGUCGAUGUAGAUUUUGGGCAGCUUGUAUCGAUAAACACGCUUCCGUUUCCCGAAUUUUCUUCCGAUUUUGUUUCUGUUUUGUUUGAUUCUCUUUACCCGAUUGAUUUUUUCCCUCUUCGCAAAUGUCUUUCCGUUUUGUCUACACAGUACCAUUGAGUCGGCUCAGUAGUGGCAGAUCGGGACUGCCACAAACAAUCAGCGCUAGUUUAGCAAUCUUGUAGGUAGCCAACAGUAAUUAACAGUAACACAAACUCAACAGUUACAAAGCUACGGCUCGUUUAAGUAGGUUCCAACCGACAAAAGCAGCAGAAGAUAAAUAAUCGUCCACGCAGCAAUCGCGAUUUAGCUUUGCUCUUUUUUUGUUGAUUAUACGUGUGAGUGCCAGUAUUUGAAUGAAUCGGACAAGGCAUGUAUGAGAAUAUAUGAAUAUGGGCAAACUGUAGAAAACAAAACUAACAAUAGUAGAUCUUAGAAUGUGAAUGUUUGAACUGAGUGCUAUUUCCAGCCUAUUGAAUGCCUGCGAUAGCCGAAGUGUGAUGUGACUUUUGCACAUUAGUUAGUAGUUUUUAUUUCCAAUGAUCUUCGAAGCCGGAUACGAUCAUCUUGAAGCGAUCGUAGCGAAAUAAACGUAAAAAACGAAGACAACUUGCAAAAUCAACCGAUCGUUUCUCUUUUGUGAUUUAUCAGGAGCCAACCAAAAUAAAAUGAUGGGAAACAAACAACCUGUAUAGCGAACAACGUAUUCCUCUUAAAGAGGUCAAAAAUAGUAAAUAUUAAUCAAAAUUCUUGUAGAAGCGUUACAAGGAUAUGAGAUAAAAUAAUAAUAGUUUGUAUGUGUUACUAACUACACUCGGUUUGUAAAGCUGCAUCCUUAAGAGAAAAAAACACUAAGACAUGAGGAGAACGUUUCAUUUGAGCCUUUCCAGAGUUCCGUCGGUAUGAUUAAUGUCCAUCGAGCACAUUGACAUACCGCGUAUCACAGGAACGAAUCAAUUUUAAUUAGCAAAGUGUAUGGUUCAUCGAUUGGUAUAGGAAGCAUACUGAAUGGAUUGAUUUGAGAAGGAUAAGACAUAGGUUUAAUGCAUGAUUUUAGACAAGAAACGCGAAUCAUCAUUCUCAGAUGAGCAAACUGAAGCAAACUGGUAUAGAACUUUAUAGCAAACGUGGAAAAUAUUCUUCACAUUUCUACUCUGUGUAAAAUGAUUGACUUUUGUUCUGAACUACAAUUUUAUAGGCUAUAUUUUUUCCAUCACGUAUAAAACCGACACCUGUCGUCGAAGAAGGAUUACUGUACGAAAGCUAACACCGGCCGAAUGUGAGUAGAAAGUAUGAUGAUCAACUUUUCCAUUUCCUAUAAAUAAUGAAACAAAUCGAUUUAAACGGUUUAUUAAAAAAAUAACUUACAAGAACAUCCCUGUCGGCUUAUCGUGUGCAGAACAAACGCUAUCAAAAAUGAAAGUAUUCAAGUUGAUUACGACGACACGAUUAACAUUAGUGUAAUUCUUUUCCACAAAAAUAAAGCGCGGUGAAAAGAAAGGGACAACAAGAAAAAAAAAACUGAAGCAAAAGUUUUUCAUCAGACUGUGAAAUAUGUAAAAUAUAGAAGAAAAAACGAGAACAAAAAAACAUGAAAAGUAAAAUAUAAGAAUAGUUUAUAUUAAUACAAGUAAUAAAUAUAAUUCUGAAUUUCAGGAGAGAAACAUUAAA